AUGGAACAACGACCAUCUCUGCUGGACGGCGACGUGACACCCACCCACGAGCGGAACAAUGUCUUCGGCGAUGAGUUUGAGGUGGACGACUUCGAGUUUGACGGCGUGGCGGACGGCUUCAGGCCCAAUGUCGACAGAGACGGAGCAGGAGACUUCAGCGCGCGCCAAGACGAUGUCACGGUUGAGCCUGUCCGGACGGUAUCAGCACACUACUCCACCACGCCGGUGACGCCGACGAUAUCGAGACAGGCGACGAGGACUUCGACGAGGAAAUCGAGACAGUAUCCGAACCCCUUUGCCAGUCCCGAGGAUGACGAUGAGACCUCGCGCCAUGCCGAAAGGCCGCACAGCUUGGAGUUCGAGCCGGAUGGUGUGGCCCGACGGUCGACGUCGUCGGCAUCUUCGACUGUAUAUGCGCCUACACAGAGUCCGAGGUUUGGUGCUGGGCCGAGCCAUCCGUAUGGCAUGUACCAGCAGGGGACUAUCGCGCGGACAAUGAGCGUCGCGACUAGUUCUACAGUCCGGCCUACGGGACGCCAGUCAUAUUCGCAAAGUCGGCCGCAACAUCCAUAUGCCAUGUAUCCGCAAGGCGUAGACGACGAUGACCUGGACGAUGAUGACGACAUGCCCAUCCACCAGAAUCCCAUCCCUGUAGGCUUCCCUGGUGUUUCGCAAGCCUAUACUCGACGACUAGGUCCCGACGGUGAGGAUCAGGAUAUCAUCGGCGAGGAUGGGCAUACAGAACAGCUACCGCCGUACAGUCGAUAUCCGGAGGAUGGACCGGAGAAGGCACCCUUACUACCACCUGUGCCUCUACACAGUCGAGCACCGGUACUUGGCACGGAUCCUUCGAUGCCCUUGAUGCACACAACAAUACAACCUUGUCCCACGCCUGUACCGCAGUCCAUGACAGAUGAGUCCACACUACAUCGAUCAGCGACUCGCAACUCAGCGCAAGGACUUUUAUCGUCAUCAUCAUCAGAUGAUUCAAGCAUAAGAGCUGCGAAGAAGGAGUGGAAGGAGAAGACUUGGAAGGAGAAGAGGAAGACACGCUUCUGUGGCAUACCUUUCUGGUGGAUCUUACUGUCAGCAUGCGUGUUGGCCUUCGUGGCCGCGGUGCUUGGUGGAGUGAUAGGUGGAUUUGUUGCAGGCGGGAAACAUGCUCGAGACAAACCAACCGUGACUGUCGUGACGUCGCUGUACGAUGCUAGUCUCAUCGCUUCACCGACGUCCGGCGCUCCACCGACCGGUACCUGGGCACUCUCACUGGGAAUGCCCGAGGAAACACAUUGUGACUGCCUGCCUGAAGUGUCACAGCAAGUGGCCUGGGACUGCGACCUUGCCCCGAAUUCGGCCCUUGGUCUUGUGGUCGCCGCCGGGAGUCCUGGUAAAGGCAUGGGCGCCAAUGUCUUCUAUGCCUCGUACGACAACACCAUCGCCUAUGGCGCCCAACUCAACAACAUGAAUACCAGCUUCGCAAAUUUCAUGACGGUACAAGAUAAGGACGAUCCAGCAAGCGGGCCGGCGUUCUACUUCCAGCAGUACUACGAUAAGGUCGUCGUCGUCCCCGAACAGGCCAUAUCUGUCGACGGUAGCAACAACAAGCUCAAGCCCAGAGCACGCUUCGAGUCGGACUUCGAACUGCCCGAAGACUGGACACAUCGUAGGCAGGUUGCCCACCCGGGAGAAAAGCCUUGGUUCUGUGUGUGGAACUCUACGUUCCUGGAAGGCUUCAUCUAUGUGCAGCAACCCGUGUCGUCCAGCACGACGAGUAGCAGCAUGACUUCGACCGCGCCCCCGACGAAUUCGACGCCACCCCCAUCGUCUCCUACUUCACCAUCACCGACCACCGGUGGUGUUGCUGCUAGUACGAUCACACCGUCGCCAGGGGUGAUCACUACCACUAUCACCGCGCCAUCAUUAACAACAGCUACAUAUACUGGUCCUCCACAAGGCUUCCCUGCAUGGGUCAGUGAUACUAUGGAAGAGGCCAAGCGGCGAGCUUAUGGCGGCUUUAAAGACGAUCGUGAAAAGCACGGCAAACGCGACAUCUCUAUGGACGACUACUGGAGUACCUUGGAAGUCUUCCCCUACAUCGUCAAGCUGGAAGAACGCCGUGUCGCUACUAACGAUGUGGCGCCGUACUGCCAGCAGUACCAAAUCCUAGACAACGGCAAUGCGAACUGGGUCGGUGACGGCGACGGUAAUCCCAUCAUCGUCGAGCUGGACGAACACGAUUCUAGCUUCGCCGCAUAUGAUUCUAACACGAACCGUAAGCGCAAACGGACGAUACACGGCGGCUGCCAUUGUCAGUGGAUGAGCGGCGAGCAAUUAUGA